AUGCAAGAGGAAUUUAAUGCCUUGCAAGCGACAGGAACUUGGAGCCUUGUCCCUUCUUCUCCUUCUCACAAUCUGGUUGGCUGCAAAUGGGUUUUUCGGAUCAAAAAGAAGUCAGAUGGCAGUAUUGACAGGUACAAGGCCCGUCUAGUGGCCAAGGGAUAUCAUCAACAGGCAGGUUUGGAUUACUCUGAGACUUUUAGCCCAGUUGCCAAACCAGUCACUAUUCGAAUUUUGCUCACCUUGGCUGCUUCUCACAAUUGGUUUCUAAAUCAACUUGACGUUAGUAAUGCCUUUCUCCAUGGUUUUCUCACUGAGGACGUAUUUAUGGAACAACCACCUGGUUUUGUCGCUCCAGAUAACUCAUCUUAUGUCUGCAAAUUGCAUAAGUCCCUCUAUGGUCUGAAACAAGCACCCAGGGCCUGGUAUGACCAGCUAUAUACCUCUCUGUUAUCUCUAGGAUUCCAAGCCUCUCAAUCUGAUACUUCUCUUUUUAUCCUCAAAGUGCCUCAUUUGGUUUUAAUUCUUGUAUAUGUCGAUGAUAUUAUCAUCACUGGUCCCUCUUCUGCAGCUUGUCAAACAAUCAUUUCUAAACUUGGCACUCAAUUUCCUAUUAAGGACUUGGGACCCCUCCAUUAUUUUUUGGGUCUUGAAGUGCACCAAACUGAUCAUGGCAUUUUCCUCUCUCAGCAAAAAUAUGCUUUGGAGUUACUCUCCAGGGCCAAGAUGGAGGGUGCUAAACCUUGUGUAACUCCUGUUGGUUCUCUCAAGCUUGACCAUACUGGUCCUUUAUUACAAAAUCCUGUGGAAUACAGAUCUUUGGCAGGUGCACUACAAUACUUAACAUGGACCAGACCAGAUAUUUCUUUUGCUGUGAAUCAAGUGUGUCAAUUCAUGCACACUCCAAGGGAAUCACAUAUGCAGGCUGUCAAAAGAAUUCUUAGAUACCUCAAAGGCACCAUUACAGAUGGUAUGUGGUUCAAGAAAGGUCACUUGGAUCUGGUCUCAUACUCUGAUGCUGACUGGGCAGGGUGCCAUUUUGACAGACGAUCUACCAGUGGGUAUUGUGUGUUCUUUGGCCCAAAUCUAAUUAGUUGGAGUGCCAAGAAACAACCCACUGUUGCUAGAUCAUCUACAGAGGCUGAAUACAGAUCAUUAGCCAUUACUGCUGCUGAGCUUACCUGGAUAUGCAAAGUACUCCUGAUAUUGGCUUAUAUUUGA